AUGGCCAGCCCAAAUGCUACUCAGGAUGGCUAUCCUGAGUCCCAACCACCGACUGUCGCCGCCUUUUCUCCCUCUACUAUCUCCGGCGCUGCCCUCACCUCGCGGCAACGCUCAAGCGUCAUCGUGCAUCGCAAAUCCCCUCUACUGGUGGCUACGCCGCCGCCCAUCACCAGGGCACUCGCCUACUCACAUCCGUUCCUAUUACCGUUGAACUCGCUGGUGGGUUUGUUGACAUGGACAACGGGGGAUGCCUGGCAGAGCUUUUUGCUCGUGGCCACCUUUUGGGUGGUCGUGUUGUACAGUGAUAUCAUUAUCCUCUACACGGGCCCCAUAAUGGUUGUGAUAGGAUUAAUAUUGGGAAUGUAUGGGCGGCGAUAUUCACCUUUAUCGUCCUCUGCUUCGACGGGGAGUAAGCAUCUGCGAAAGGCAUCUGCAGACUCUGCUCGUCAACAGAAAAGCCUCGACGACAUCGUCGAUACCCUUCGAACCUUCACAACUCGGUGCAACAUGCUCCUCGGCCCAUUAAUCGAGUUGACCGAUUUUCUUUCCACACAGCGAACAGCAACAUCAGCGACUACCCGCCCUGCUCUAACAGCUUUGUUUCUUCGUAUCAUCCUCAUCACCCCGGUCUGGAUUAUUAUGACCCUGCCUCCCUUCUACCUGAUCACUACCCGACGAAUUAUCAUGAUCGCGGGAACUAUUAUCCUCACAUACCAUUCUCGACCUGCGCGUGUUUCACGCGUGAUAUUAUGGCGCUCUCGCGCUGUCCGCCGUCUUGUUUCGAUGGUGACCGGCCUGUCGGUCUCAGAAGGCCCGAAUAGCUCUCAGAAGGCCCAGGCACAAGGCGUGGGAUUGAACAUUGCAACCAAACGCCGCGGAGACGACGGAGUGCGGUUUACUUUCGUUGUUUACGAGAAUCAACGGCGCUGGCUGGGUAUCGGCUGGACAUACUCUCUGUUCCCCUCCGAACGAAGUGCCUGGACUGAUGAGCACUUGGACCCCGUCCCCUCGAAAGAUUCCUUCGAAUUGCCCGAUGUACGAACUGGGGAUGCGAAAUGGCGGUGGGUCGAAGGAUCCGAAUGGCGUGUUGAAGGGGCUGAGACCGCAGCUGGCGGCAAGUCUCCUUCCGAGGGGUGGAUCUACUAUGAUAACAAGUGGAAUGAUGGUCGCCGUGGUCAAGAUGGUUGGGAUCGAUACACACGCCGCCGCAAAUGGUUCCGUGAUGCGGAGUUAGUCGAAGUAGACGGCACGAGCACUUCAAAAGAGACGUACCCACUAGCCUCUCUCUCUCAAUCAGUUCCACUGAAAGCCCGCCGACGACGUUGGUUCAGCACAAAUAAGGAGAAAGAUCCUUUCGGCAGCGACGGAUCUUCUCCCGACGCCGGCCGCUCUACUGGUGCUAAUGCUACCGAUGGGGCAGAAGAUGUCCGGACUCCAUCGCGCCCCAUCAGUUCCCGCAAGGCCUCGUCACAUGGUCGGGAAGGUAGUGAUAGCUCUAGCUUUCGCGAGAAGGAAAUGGCUGCUACUCAAGACCAUCUUGAUAAGUGGGGGACUCGAGCGAUGGGGGGUACGGAAAGGGCAGAGCGUGAAUUCGGGCUGAGUGAUGAGGUGAAUAUGGGGCUCAGCUAA